AUGGUGCUGCAACGAGACGGGAGAUCCAAUGCCCAUGAAUGUGUGUUUGUGGUUGUGUUGGAAUCAGCCUUCUUGAGACCUGUAAUCGCAAUUCUUCGGGAGGCAUUUGCCGUGCUUCAACUCCACAAUCCAGCACCACUUCUCGUGUUGGCAUCAUUGGACAAUGUCGUCUUCAUUUGUAUGAUGGAACACGUUGCAGUGAAGACUAAAAGCUUCAAGACACGCAUAGCCCGACUCUGGUUGUCAGUCAUGUCGGAACCACACUCUGCUAGCUCCACGACCAUCGAACGUGUCAAGACGCCAUCGCCUAUACUCAACAGCGCCUUCUAA